CAUCCUCCACUCAAAAUCGCUGGAGCAAGGAGGAAACCGGGGCAUUAAUAAGUAAAGUUGGUGACUUGGAUGUGUUGAGCCAGCUCGAUCGCCUAACACAGCGUAACAAGCAUUAGUCCCACAAGCUAGGGAUAAAAAAAAAAAAAACAAAAAAAACACUGAAACAGUCCUACUUGCAGGAACGAGCAAGGAGGUGCAGUUCGGGAGAAGAGGGACGGUCCCGCAGAACAAUACUUUUUUGCUUUACUUACAUCUGGCAUAUUUGCAGUGCCUCUGAACAAGGUAGUUGGCAAACUUGUAAAUACAGAGGUGAACUGUGGUUUAAAUGCACAGCAAGCCCCAAAAACGUUGCCAGAUACCCUGUACUCAGUUAAGGAUGCCAGCCUAUACAUAGCAAUCGCCAGUCUUUUUUUAUUCUACUGGCACAGGAGCCAGUACAUAAUUCCUUUUUGGUUGCAUAUUUUCCUUUACCAGUUCCAAUAAUGCUGAAUGUUGCCCUGGUGACCCGAAAUGACUCUGAAAGACUGAUGCGGCACAACCUCUUCCACCAGCAAGAUGGGUGAUAUAUGUGUCCAAACCGUCCUUUCGUUAGCCAUUGGCAUUAGAUAACAACUAUAGGCAUAGGAUUUGCUUUUGGAGGUUCAAGCUCCCGAAACAAAGGGAAAACAUCCACCGUUCGCAAUUCAGACAGCAUUGGGAGCAUACGUUUGAAAAUGUCUGUCACGGAGCUUUAAAUCCUAAGUCUUUGCCGUUUUUUUAAAAUGUAUUUAUUUAUUUAUUAAACACAUUAUUAACCAACCAGACACGAGGUAUUUUGCUUUAUUACCGCAGCUUAGGUUCCCUGGGUAACUAAGUAUGUGAACGUGCAGCUGCGUAGCUAAGUAUGUGAACUUGAAUCCAACACUUAUUAGACAAUAAUUUUACCCAAAAUAAUAUUCAAAUUCAAUUGGAAGCUGCAGGGACGAGCAGCAGCAUCGUUUCACCCUUGUCGUAGCCACUGCAAUGCAGGUGUUCAGAUCUCCUUGAUAGUUAGAAAGAUUGCCAGCCUUGCCUGGGUGUUUUAUGUUAUUGGCUUGGGCUAGCUGGUGUCUGUGAAGCUUGUUGUAGCAACAGCAGUCGCCAGGGGAGCGGUCUGGAGAGAGGGGCGUGUAGCUGUGGAUAGUGGAAACAAUAGAACAACAAUCUACAAGCUUUCAAACACUGGCACAAAUUGGACAGGAAGACUGGCAGAAAUCCACAGCAAGCACUAGAAACCAAAAACACCAACACACUCAAACUGGUAAUCAAGGCGCUAAUGCAGGUCUUCUCGUGACUGAGUGAUGGAUUCUCCAGUCGGACCCGAGAUCGAAAGUAAAGCUGCACGGGUCGGGGAGAUGGAUUAUUUGUGGAAUUUAUCCCCAGAUUUAGGACUAUCGCCGGUUUCUGAUCUGUCAGUCAACAUGGGACACCUAUCUUUUGAAGAAAGCACCACUCCCAGGAGAAAACUGCGGCUGUCCCCGGAGCUCCUGACUCCAAGCCCCACUCAGACAAGCAACGUUUCCCCGGAAACGCAGACGCUGACAGGCUGCAUCAUUCCACAAGAACCCAGCAGGAAGGGAAGAGGGGAGAGGCGUAUCAGUCCUAAAAACUCUAUGCCUAAACCGAGAAAGCAGUCUGGAAGAGAUCAACUGAAGAAAGACAACGGAUCCCGAGCAGACAAAGAAAAUAGACGAUGUCGAGUUAAACUGUUUACCAGCCCGACUGCACCCAAAAGCAAAUGGGAAUCUGGAGGUAGAAAGAGCAAUAGCCCAGAGAGUGAGGAGCACAGUAAUCAGAGCAGGAAAGCGGCUUCGCGGGAGAGCGAUCCAGAGAUACACAGAGUGCCCCCUUUCCGAAUGGUACAGUCCAGACAGCAGGUUCCCCCAGUGGAGAUGCCAGACCCGGCGGCUGAAGACAGAAACCUGAUUGGAGAUUUCAGCAGGCCUCACCUCCUUUGUGCGGAAAAGGGAGAUCAUCAGGACCUCCAUUACAUCUCACCACAGACGGUGGCAUCAGUACUGAGAGGUGAGUACAACAGUGCUGUAGAGAGGUACCUCAUUAUCGACUGCCGCUACCCCUAUGAGUACGAAGGAGGCCACAUCAGGGGAUCCUUGAAUCUACAUAGUGAGUCUCAGCUCCUUGCUGCCUUGCUUCAGGAGCCAGCCUUAUCUAGGCUCUCACCACGAGCCAAGCUGCAGGAGAGUCCAUCUGCAGAAGUCAUGCUACAGGACAGCCCCCCUAUGAAACCCAUUCUGCCAGACAGACCCUCCACAACUGCACCUGAGGAGGAGAGUCCUUCUACAAGAACUGCAUUACAGGAGAGUCCUUCUACAAGAACUGCAUUACAGGAGAGUCCUUCUACAAGAACUGCAUUACAGGAGAGUCCUUCUACAAGAACUGCAGUACAGGAGAGUCCCUCGACCCCAGCCACACCGAAGGAAAGUGCUCUUGAGAGAAUCACAGUACAAGAUAGCUCCACUCCAAGAACCCUGCUCAUCUUCCACUGCGAGUUCUCUUCAGAAAGGGGCCCUCGGCUAUGUCGGUUUCUACGGAAGAUCGACCGAAACCUGAAUGUUUAUCCUCAACUGUUUUACCCGGAGAUGUAUAUACUGAAGGGAGGUUACAAGGAAUUCUACUCCCAGUUUCAGAGCCUCUGUGAGCCCUGUGGCUAUGUGUUGAUGGUUCACCAGGACUUCACCGAUCAGUUGCGAAGAUAUCGGAGGAAGAAACAUUCUCGACCAUCUCUGUUUGGGAGGAGGAAGGAGCUGGUUGAACCAGACAUGGAGGCAUGAACUGAGACUAUUGGGAAAAAGAAGAUAAAUGGCAUUAAAUGAGGACAGUAAAUGAGGACAGUGCAACUUGGAUGAGGUCAAUGUGUAAUAAGAUUUUUAAAUGAAAAUA